GGCCCGGACUAGGUCCGAUCGCCCCACCUCCGGUCGCUAGACGUGCUCUCGCGUAGCUCCGCCUUUCCCAAAUCUACCCACCUCGCAAGAUGGCUGCGGUGCCGCCGGGCCCGGAACCCUGGAACCGUGUGAGAAUUCCUAAGGCGGGGAGCCGCACCGCAGUGACAGUGCAGAACCCCGGCGCGGCCCUUGACCUUUGCAUUGCAGCUGUAAUUAAAGAAUGCCAUCUCGUCACACUGUCACUGAAGAGCCAAAUCUUAGAUGCGGAAACAGAUGUGUUAUGUGCCCUCCUUUACAGCAAUCACAACAGAAUGGGCCGCCACAAACCCCAUUUGGCCCUCAAACAGGUUGAGCAAUGUUUAAAGCGUUUGAAAAACAUGAAUUUGGAGGGUUCAAUUCAAGACCUGUUUGAGUUGUUUUCUUCCAAUGAAAAUCAGCCCUUAACUACCAAAGUGUGUGUUGUCCCCAGUCAGCCAGUGGUGGAAUUGGUGUUGAUGAAGGUUUUGGGAGCCUGCAAGUUGUUGCUCCGCUUGUUGGACUGCUGCUGCAAAACAUUUCUUUUGACUGUGAAACAUCUAGGUUUGCAAGAGUUCAUUAUUUUAAACCUUGUGAUGGUUGGGCUGGUGAGCAGAUUAUGGGUUCUCUAUAAAGGUGUUUUAAAAAGGUUGAUUUUGUUAUAUGAGCCUUUGUUUGGAUUGCUUCAAGAGGUCUCUAGGAUUCAACCAAUGCCUUACUUCAAAGAUUUUACCUUUCCUUCUGAUAUUACUGAAUUUUUAGGACAGCCAUAUUUUGAAGCCUUUAAGAAAAAAAUGUCUACAGCUUUUGCAGCUAAAGGAGUAACUAAAUUGCUAAAUAAACUGUUUUUAAUAAAUGAGCAGUCACCAAAAGCCAGUGAAGAAACCUUACUUGGAAUUUCCAAAAAAGCUAAACAAAUAAAGAUCAAUGUACAGAAUAAAGUGGAUCUUGGACAGCCAAUAAAGAAUAAGAGAAUCUUCAAAGAGAAGUCAUCAGAAUUUGAUGUGAGGGCUUUCUGCAACCAGCUGAAACACAAAGCUACUCAGGAGACCAGCUUUGAUUUUAAAUGUUCUCAGUCCAGACUAAAGACAACCAAAUAUUCUUCUGAGAAAGUGAUAGGAACGCCUUAUGCCAAAAGUUUUGUGCAAAGAUUCCGAGAGGCUGAGUCCUUCACACAACUUUCUGAAGAAAUCCAGAUAGCAGUUGUAUGGUGCAGGAGCAAAAAACUCAAGGCUCAGGCUAUUUUUCUGGGUAACAAACUUCUUAAAAGCAACCGGCUUAAACAUCUGGAAGCUCAAGGUACUAGUUUGCCAAAGAAACUAGAGUGCAUAAAAACGUCUAUUUGCAACCACCUUCUUCGUGGCUCAGGUAUCAAAACUUCAAAGCAUCAUCUGAGACAGAGAAGAUCACAGAAUAAAUUUUUACAGAGACAAAGGAAACCACAGAGAAAGUUGCAGUUGACUCUUUUAAGGGAAAUUCAGCAGUUCUCUCAAAGGACUCAGAAGACUGCUGCAGAUACCAGUGCUAAGUGGAGACUCUCACACUGUACUGUGCAUAGAACUGAUCUCUACCCCAACAGUAAGCAACUCUUGAAUAGUGGAGUUUCAAUGCCUGUCAUACAAACUAAGGAGAAAAUGAUGCAUGAAAAUCUUAGAGGCAUCCAUGAAAAUGAAACUGAUUUGUGGACAGUGAUGCAAAUAAAUAAAAACAGUACAUCAGGAACCAUUAAGGAGAUAGAUGACAUUGAUGAUAUUUUUGCUUUAAUGGGAGUUUAGGUGUUCAUAUGUGAGAAUUUUAAGUGAUUAACAAGGCUAGGUCAGUGUUCUAAGUAGAACUGCUAAGAUCUGGAAAUACCACCUGGACUCACAGAGGAGCUGCUUUAGUGCAGCAUUGCACAGGAGUUCAGUUCAGUUCAGUCUACAUUUAAAGUAGCACUGUGUCAUUUCAUCAAGAAGUAUUUGUUUUUGGUUUCAACUACAUGCCAGGUGUUAAUAUGAAAAAUCUGCCACAGCCUACCUUUGAGAAGCAGAUGUAAUUCCUUGAGGCUAGUAAGUCUCUGAAAAACUGAAUAAUUUUAUGACUUACUAGGCAAUUUAAUAAUCGUUUGCAAAAACCAUUGUGUCUUGAGGUAAAUGAGGAGGGAGGGUGGGGGAUAGCAAGGAAACAACUGAAAGGUCACUUUGGCCUUAUUGGUUCCAUUGUACAUAGGUCCACCUCUGAAUACUGGUUUGUAGCUCCUGACAGUUAUGCUGUCUUGUUUAUAUGUUGGAAUUGAUCAUCAGGGUUUGCCACUGCUUGUAUUACCAGGGACUGGUUACAACCAUUAUUUCUCUUCAUUUGCUCAGCUUAUCUCAUAUUAAAGUGAGUUUGGAGUUCUCCAA